CGUCCUCUCUUCCUGCUCUUGCUGACCCGGAGUCUGACUCUCUUCGUGCUGCCAGUCCUACUGUCCCGCGUCUCCUUGCCACUGCUGUCACUGACCCUUCCUUUGAGUCCUCUGCUGCGUCUUCUCUAGUCGCUGAGCUUGUUGACUUUGCUGCUGCCUGUCGUCUAGACUACGCCGCUAGCCUUGUUGCUGAGUCUGAGUCUGAGUCUGUCUGUCCUCCGUCUGUCGGGGGUGAGUGUGCUCUUGGCACGGACGUCCUUGAGGACAGACAGGAGGAGUUUGAGUGCUUUGCCGCUGCUUUGCCUCAUCUCGUGUCCAUGCUAGUUGCCCCUGAGGGAGACCCGGAUGCACCAGACAUCCCGACCCCACGCUCCUACGCAGAGGCGAUGGAGGGUCCCUACUCCUCUCAGUGGCAGACAGCCAUGGACGCAGAGAUGGCUUCCUGGAAGUCCACAGGCACCUACGUCGACGAGGUUCCCCCACCUGGGGCGAACAUCGUCAGUGGCAUGUGGAUUUUCAGGGUGAAGCGGCCGCCGGGUUCUCCGCCUGUCUUCAAGGCACGUUACGUUGCACGAGGCUUCAGUCAGCGAGAGGGAGUUGACUUCUUCCAGACCUUCUCCCCGACCCCGAAGAUGACCACUCUUCGGGUUCUGCUGCACGUCGCCGCUCAGCGUGACUACGAGCUCCACUCUCUUGACUUCAGCACUGCGUUCUUACAGGGCAGCCUGCACGAGGAGAUCUGGCUGCGCCGCCCACCUGGCUUCACUGGGUCGUUCCCUCCUGGUACCCAGUGGAGCCUCCGGCGGCCAGUCUACGGUCUCCGCCAGGCACCCCGUGAGUGGCACGACACAGUGAGGACUACUCUUGUUGCUCUUGGGUUUGCUCCUUCUACUACUGACCCGUCGCUGUUUCUACGCACCGACACCACUCUGCCGCCGUUCUACGUUCUUGUUUACGUAGACGACUUGGUCUUUGCUACUGCUGACACUGAGGCACUCGCCCACGUGAAGUCGGAGCUGCAGAAGAGACACACGUGCACAGACCUGGCUCUGCCUUCGGAUGAGUCCGUAGAGCCGAGUGGCCCGUAUCCAGAGCUUGUGGGCUGCCUCAUGUACCUGAUGACCUGCACUCGACCUGACCUGGCAUACCCUCUUAGCAUCCUAGCACGCUAUGUCGCUCCCGGCCGUCACCGGAAGGAGCACAUGGAUGCCGCUAAGAGGGUGUUGCGCUACUUGUGCAGUACGUCGGGCAUGGGGCUCGUGCUUGGAGGUCGGAGCGACGUUGUCCUCACGGGUCACUCAGACGCUUCUUGGGCUGACGACCAGGCUACGCAGCGGUCGUCUCAGGGUUACACCUUCAGCCUUGGCUCUGGUUCAGUUUCUUGGCGUUCUACUCGCUCUUCUUCUGUUCUCAGCUCCAGUUGUGAGGCUGAGAUCUACGCCACAGCCAUGGCUGCACAGGAGUUACGCUGGCUCACCUACCUGCUGACCGACCUGGGAGAGCGGCCUCGUUCUCCUCCAGUGCUGUACGUUGACAACAAGGCCGCCAUUGCCUUGUGUGAGGAGCACAGACUGGAGCACAGGACGAAGCACAUCGCUCUGCGCUACUUCCUUGCUCGAGAGCUGCAGCAGCGUGGUCAGCUUCGUCUGCGUUACGUGGCCACUCGGGCCAACACUGCUGAUGUGUUCACCAAGGCGCUUCAGCCUUGUGACCAUCAGCGUUUCUGUACUGUUCUAGGCCUUGUGCCUACUCUCCCUCACUUGCUCACUUCUUGA